GACGUCACAGGGUCUCGUGAACAGCAGGACCAAACGAGCAACAUCCCUGAGCUCAAGCCGCCAAAUAACGCAUUGAUCAAAGAUAAGAUGGCCACCUCCUCCUCAUCCAAUUUGGAAGAAGACGAAAGUCUCAAAGGCUGCGAGGUAUUUGUGCAGAAACACAACAUACAGCAGAUCCUGAAAGAGUGCAUCGUCAACUUGUGCAUCGCCAAGCCGGAGCGGCCCUUGAAGUUCCUGCGGGAACAUUUCGAAAAGCUGGAGAAGGAAGAAUGCAAGCAGAUCAUGGCCCGUCAGAAGUCCAACUCGCAGUCGGACUCUCACGAUGAUGAAGUUUCUCCUCCUCCUCCAAAUCCGGUGGUGAAGGCCCGGCGCCGGAGAGGCGGGGUCAGUGCUGAGGUCUACACGGAGGAAGAUGCCGUCAGCUACGUUAGAAAGGUCAUUCCUAAGGACUACAAGACCAUGACAGCUCUGGCUAAAGCCAUUUCUAAGAAUGUGCUUUUCGCCCACCUGGAUGACAAUGAAAGAAGUGAUAUAUUUGACGCUAUGUUCCCGGUCACACACAUUGCUGGGGAGACGGUCAUCCAACAAGGUGAUGAAGGAGAUAACUUCUACGUGAUUGAUCAAGGAGAAGUUGAUGUGUAUGUAAACGGAGAAUGGGUGACCAGCAUCGGAGAGGGGGGCAGUUUCGGAGAGUUGGCUCUGAUCUAUGGGACACCCAGAGCUGCCACUGUUAAAGCAAAGACUGACCUGAAGUUAUGGGGUAUAGACAGAGACAGCUAUCGACGGAUCCUCAUGGGAAGCACGCUGAGGAAGAGGAAGAUGUAUGAAGAGUUUCUGAGUAAAGUGUCCAUACUUGAAUCUCUUGAUAAGUGGGAGAGGUUGACGGUGGCCGAUGCCCUGGAGCCUGUGCAGUUUGAAGAUGGAGAGAAGAUUGUCGUUCAAGGAGAACCUGGAGAUGACUUCUUCAUAAUAACAGAGGGCACAGCGUCUGUUCUGCAGCGCAGGUCUGAUAACGAAGAAUACGUUGAAGUGGGCCGCCUGGGUCCGUCUGACUAUUUUGGUGAGAUAGCCCUGCUGCUGAACAGACCUCGAGCGGCCACAGUUGUCGCUAGGGGUCCGCUCAAGUGCGUCAAGCUGGACCGGCCGCGUUUCGAGCGCGUCCUCGGGCCUUGCUCCGAGAUCCUUAAGAGAAACAUCCAGAGAUACAACAGCUUCAUUUCUCUCACCGUCUAACCCGACCAUCUGGUCCAUCAGGUGACUCGGGUGCCUGGUUGCAUAAAGCGAUUUGUAAAGUAAUUUAUCGGUUUUGCUUAAAUCGCUAGCUUAAUUAUAAUUGAGUGAGUUUCUCUGUUUAUUAAAACACGCUGUCGAUAUUAAACACCUAAGUUAUUUUAUGCAGCCAAGCAAUUUGUUGUUUUAUUUUGCAAGAAGCACAAGUGCUCCACUCUUCUGCUCUUUUACUUAUGUGAUUUUUAUUUCCGUAUGUACACUUGGAAUCGACCAGUGCAAGCAUUAUUUGUGCUGGAAAUGAUGUGUCCAGACAGACUGACAUGAAUAUCUAUGUGGCAUGUGUAAAUGUGUUACAACAUGUGAUGCAUGCAUACCAAAAAAAAUUCGUACACUUGCCAUUCAAAUCUGUAAUCGACGGUGAAAAGAAAUAGCGGUGGCACAACUAUAUGUUUACAUAGUGUAGAAAAGCGCGUGUUUUAAAGGGACAGUUCACCCAUAAAUGAAAAUUCAGUCAUCAUUUACUCAAUCUCAUGUUGUUACAAACCUGUAUACAUUUAUUUGUUCUGAUGAACACGAAGGAAGAUAUUUUAAUGAAUGUUUGUAAUUCACUGCCAUAAUGUUUUUUUUUCCUACUAUGGAAGUGAACGGGGCUCAUGAUCGUUUUGGUUACAAACAUUUCUCAAAAUAUCUUCCUUUGUGUUUAUCAGAACAAAGAAAUUUAUACAGGUUUGUAACCACAUGAGAGUGAGUAAAUGAUGACAGAAUUUUCAUUUUUGGGUGAACUAUCCCUUUAAGCGGUGCGUUUAGCGUGCUGUGUUUAACCCUGCGUUGCGCAGUUUUUUUAUAUGACAACUGUGCGGAAUCUCAUGAAUCCAGAAAAAUUAAUUUAUUGCUUAAAGAAAAUGAAACCUGUUUAUAGGAGCAUUUUCUUGAUUAUUUUCGUAACAGUUACGCACUUUAAACCCAAAGUUCUCUAUAAUGCAAAAAAAUCUCAAAGAUGCUAAAUCAGUCCUUCCAGAAAAACGUAAAGUUUUUUUUUGAUUGUUGCAGGCAAAAAUCAUUGAUCUUGCGGCACGUUUUCUUAAAAAUGCGAUGGAAUAUGCAGGAUAUUUUAUGUGAUGAAAUCGUGGGAACUUGCAAAAAUUGCGCAAACUUGCAAAAACUGUUUUUACCUUUUGCAGCUUUUCAGAAUAAUUACGUCACUUCACAACCAGUGUUGGGGUAACGCAUUACAACUAACGUGCAUUACGUAAUAAUAAUACUUUUCGGAAGUAACGAGUAAAGUAACGCAUUAAUUUAUAAAUGUACACAUUAAUAUUUGGUUACUUUUCUAAAAACGUAAUGCGAGUUACUUUUCAGUUUAAUUAAUUUAAUUUAAAAAUAAAAUAAUGUACUGAAUUAAACUAAACAUAUUAACGUAGAAUUACGCACUCUGUGCGCCUGAGCAGGAACAGUUUGAGUCAGAAGCGGAGAUGGCAGGCCAGAGCUUGACAUUUUUGCGAUCAUAAAAACACCUGCAAGGCCUGAAAGAGAUCAAGCCACAGCCAAGUAGGAAAAAGUAACUUAAAAAUAACUUAAAAGUAACUUAAAAAUAACUUAAGCAUUACUUUCCAUGAAAAGUAACUAAGUAACGCAAUUAGUUACUUUUUUGGGGAGUAACUUAAUAUUGUAAUGCAUUACUUUUAAAAGUAACUUUCCCCAACGUUCCCAUGGCAACAGGUACAUGGCUGCGCUUGUAUGAGGAAAAUGCAACAUUUUUUAACUUUCUACUUAGAUACCUGUAAAUUUUUUGCUCCGCAAAUGCGGCGAUUUUGAAAUCUUGCAAGCCCCGCAUAUUUUGCGCACGGAAAUCUGCAAUUUAUGCUGCGAAAAUGCAGCGUUUUUGAAAAAAUGCGUCCCCCGCAUAAAUAUGCGGACUUUCGCUGAUUAUGCGUUUAAUCAUGCAAUCACAUAAUUACGUUUUUCUGGAGAGACAGCUAAAUAACCGAUGACGUAAUUAAAUACCGUAUUUACUAUUUAUACACUGUGGUAGUAUUUGUUGUACUGCCUUUGAAAAUAUUGUAUUAUUGAAACUAAAUUAAAAUCACCUAUGCGAAUCUAACAAAGGAAAAAUUACGGGUGCUUUAUUGUUACGAAAAUUAAAGCAUUUUACAAUCCUAAAAUUAAUGUCAUUUUCUUUACGCCAGACAUUUUUUCGUGAGGUUGAACCUGCAUAUUUUGCUUUCCUGUGAUGAUGAUAAUUCUUACAUUUAUCUACAUUACGCUUUUAGUGCUGGUUAUAACGGGAGGGGGUUUUGUUACAUUUUAAGAGAUGAGGUUUAGUAAGGCCGCUAUAAGAGGGAUUUUCAUGCUCAACGUCUGAAUACAUUUUAAAAAUCUUGCUGUUUCUUUGUUUUUCAAAUUGCCGUUGUAUUACAAAUACACAUGAAACUCUUGACACAUUUACUUGAGAAGGUACUGUAAUAUGUUUUACAAUGUAACCAAUGAUCGCUUAUGAAAUGAUAGAAUUGGCCGGGUCUCAACAUCUAUUAGCAUCAUGUGCAUUUCACGACCAAAAAUGUUGUCCGGGGAAGCAGCUCACUAGGUUUGGAGACACAGCCAAUGUUGUUUUUGUAAUAUUUAAAAAGAGGAUGAGUUUUGCAAUCUACUUCAUUUAAAUGAGUGAAUUUAUGAGUGCAUUUGGGAGGAGACUGUGCAUGCUUUGUUAACACAAACACACACCAGCAUUUCCACACAUUCUGCUCUUCAGGCCAAUAAAGAAAAGCUUCUGAACACCAUUAAA